UGCUGGUGGUUGGUCGACGGUCGCUGUCAGGAUGUUCGAGGCGCGGCUGGUGCAGGGCUCGGUGCUGAAGCGGGUGCUGGAGGCCCUCAAGGAUCUCAUCACCGAGGCCUGCUGGGACCUGGGCUCGGGCGGCAUCAGCCUGCAGAGCAUGGACUCCUCGCACGUCUCCCUGGUGCAGCUCACGCUGCGCUCCGAGGGCUUCGACACCUACCGCUGCGACCGCAACAUCGCCAUGGGCGUCAACCUCGCCAGCAUGUCCAAAAUCCUGAAGUGUGCGGGAAACGAGGACAUCAUCACUCUGAGAGCAGAGGACAACGCGGAUACGCUGGCCUUGGUGUUCGAAGCACCGAAUCAAGAGAAAGUUUCUGAUUAUGAGAUGAAGCUGAUGGAUCUGGAUGUGGAGCAGCUUGGAAUUCCAGAGCAGGAAUACAGCUGCGUGGUGAAGAUGCCUUCUGCCGAGUUUGCUCGCAUCUGCCGGGACCUCAGCCACAUCGGCGAUGCCGUUGUCAUCUCCUGCGCCAAAGACGGUGUGAAGUUCUCAGCUAAYGGGGAGCUUGGAAACGGAAACAUCAAGUUGUCCCAGACCAGUAACGUGGAUAAAGAGGAAGAAGCUGUAACAAUAGAGAUGAAUGAGCCUGUCCAAUUAACUUUUGCUUUGAGGUACUUGAACUUCUUUACCAAAGCGACUCCACUGUCACCUACAGUAACACUCAGUAUGUCUGCAGAUGUUCCCCUUGUUGUGGAGUACAAGAUUGCUGAUAUGGGACACUUAAAAUACUAUCUGGCUCCAAAGAUUGAAGAUGCGCAAGAAGGUUCUUAAAUGGACUAGGACCGAGGCAAUCUUGGCUCUUUGGAGAAGACAACUGACUUGGAGAAGGAAGUUGUGUCCAUGCAGUUUAUUAGCAGUUUCAGUGCAUGGUGUCAUCAAAUGAGCACUGCUAGGCUUGUUUUGUAGAUAUCUCUGUAAAUAUUUUUCAGCUUACUAUUUUGCUAUACUGGUGUGACUUGAAAUAGGAAUUUUUGCUGUUGCAGUCUAUUCCUGUACCUGCAGUAGCCUUAUAUGCUGUCUUUAGGUGGAAUCCUGUACUCCUUUGAAUUAGUAAAGGA